AUGGUUACUUCACGCCUUCUCCGCCCGGCCUCACGUCUCCUCGCAGCUUCUCGACCUUUGAUAGCCCCGACCCGAUCCGUCUUACAACCAGCAGCUUCAUUACCUGCGAUCGUGAACAGAAGAAGAUACGCUACGCCGAGUGGAGUGAAAGAGGUGGCGGUGAGAGAUGCCUUGAACGAAGCUCUAGCGGAGGAGCUCGAAUCGAAUGAAAAAGUGUUCGUCCUGGGUGAAGAAGUCGCCCAGUACAAUGGAGCAUACAAGGUCACCAAAGGACUACUGGAUAGGUUCGGGGAAAAGAGGGUCAUCGACAGUCCAAUUACAGAAUCGGGCUUUGCCGGCCUUACAGUCGGAGCAGCGUUAGCAGGCUUACACCCUGUGUGCGAGUUUAUGACCUUCAAUUUCGCCAUGCAAGCAAUCGAUCAAAUCAUCAACUCCGCAGCCAAAACACAUUAUAUGUCUGGUGGGAUCCAGCCAUGUAACAUCACAUUCCGAGGCCCUAAUGGCUUUGCCUCGGGCGUCGCUGCUCAACACUCACAAGAUUACUCGAGUUGGUACGGUAGCAUACCCGGCCUGAAAGUAGUUGCGCCUUGGAGCUCGGAAGACGCAAAAGGACUGCUCAAGGCUGCGAUCAGAGAUCCUAAUCCUGUUGUCGUGUUAGAGAACGAACUACUAUACGGCACACCUUUCCCAAUGUCCGAAGCAGCGCAAAGGGAUGACUUCGUACUACCUUUCGGCAAGGCCAAGAUUGAGCGCGCCGGCAAAGACUUAACCAUCGUCACACUCUCUCGUUGCGUGGGUCAGGCCCUCACUGCAGCCGAACAAAUGAAGAAGGAUUACGGGGUUGAGGCCGAAGUCAUCAACCUCCGAUCCGUGAAGCCCAUGGAUGUCGAAGCGAUCGUCAAGUCGGUGAAGAAGACAGGCCAUCUGAUGGCAGUGGAAAGUGGAUUCCCGAGCUUCGGGGUAGGCGCGGAGAUAUUAGCUCUGACCAUGGAGUACGCAUUUGACUACCUAGACGCGCCCGCAGUCCGAAUCACUGGCGCGGAAGUGCCUACCCCAUAUGCCCAGGGGUUGGAGAAUAUGAGCUUCCCCUCGGAGGAUCUGAUCGCCAAGUAUGGGGCUAAGUUGUUAAGGGUUUAA